UUUCGGUCUUCUUUCCUCUGGUAGAGCGAGAACUCAGCGACGGCAGAACUGUUGCUAUCUUUCUUCCUAGACUUCUUGCAAUUUCAAUUCUCGUGAGACGAAAUCGAUGGCUUCCAUCCCAACUGUUGCUUCCUCUGCUUGUUCUUCUUCUUCAUCUGCUGCCUUUCCCGCUUCGUCUCGGCUAGGGAAACCGAAAUCAUGCUGCCCUCUCCCUUCUGCCGUCUCAUUUCCUGCUUCACCGUUUCUGCCUCGUCCCAGGAGGAGGAUUGCCUUGGCAGUGGCGGCAGCUGGUUCGAAGAGCAGUAUUCAGAAGGACAACAAGAAAGCGGAUGAGGAGGAGGAUGUGAUAGAGGUGGAGGAGGACUUGCCUUGGAUUCAGGAGAAGGCGUUGGACCUAGUCGAGUUCACAGGGUCCGUCACUCAGGCAAUUCCCGGGCCGAGAGUCGGUCACAGCAAACUUCCAUGGAUCCUUGCCCUCCCUUUGGCUUACGCCGGCGUUACAUUCGUUAUUGCCUUUGUUAAGACCGUCAGGAAAUUGUCUUCUCCCAAAACCAAGCGCCGGCGGCUGGUCAAUAAAAACGCUACCCUGUGUAGAUCCAUUGACGAGUUGCUUCAGAGUGGGGGAGAUGAAUUGCAGCCUUCAGCUUUGGAAGGGCUGAUGAAGAAGACAGGUUUCACUAUGGAGGACAUUUUGCGCAAGUAUAUCCGAUAUGCACUGAACGAGAAACCAUUCAAUCCAGAACUGGUUGCCGACUUGAUCCGGCUCAGGGUAGCUUCGCAGUUGAGUGACCCCCAGAUGGCUUCAAUUCUGAAUGAGAUCUCUCGGCUGAUUGUGCGUGACAAAGGCCCUGUUGUCAUGGAUGUGUCAGGAUAUACUGAAAAGGGAUUUAAGAGAAAGCUUGCUGUUCAGGCCCUAUUCGGGAAGGUCUUUUAUUUAUCAGAGUUACCAGAGUUAUGUUCAAGGGACAGCUCGCUGGUGGUGAAGGAGAUAUUUGGGGUUACAGAUGAAGAUGCUGAUCAACUACGGGUGCACACCUUCUCAGAAGCCGGCGAGAUGGAUUCGCUAGAAAGGAUGGUGGGUGGUGGUUCCGAUUCAGAUGGAUCUCCCGAUGAGGAAUCAAAAUCAGCUUAGGGGGGAAAUUGGAUUAAGUUAUUAUGAUACCGACUGUCGACCUUAGAGGUUUUCCAUUGAAGAGCUGAAUGUAAGAUGCCCAUAACACGGGCUGAUGUUCCGGUUGUGUCGAGAUUUUUUGUUAGGUGUUUGUACUUUGGUACGAGUUUUUGAGGCUAUACUGAUAUUGGAGAUGGUGGUUGAGGGGAGAAAUGGCGCUUCCUUAGAGAAUGCAUCCUUUUGAAAAAGGGAUGUUGCACGCAUGCCAUGAUUGUUGACUCAUGAGGAUGCAAAUCGUGAUUGUGAAGCUUUCAUGACAUGGAAGUAGCAGUCAUGCCUCAUGAAAUCACUUCUCCAC